AUGCCGGGGGGACGGGUCCUGCUGCUGUUCAUGGGGCUUGCAAGUGCUGUGGGGCAGGGGCAGGAGCAGAAUGUGAGUGAGAGAGAUGCUUCGGUCAUCGCUGUGUCCAACGGGGGACCCUGGGGAGACUGGGCCUGGCCAGAGAUGUGCCCCAAGGGCUCCUACGCAACCGGUGUCAGCUUCAAGGUAGAGCCUCCCCAGGGAGUGUUGGAGGAUGACAUGGCGCUCAACGGGAUUCGGCUGCACUGCUCCCACAACGGGGAUUCGAGUGGCAGCUACACAGCUGAGUCCCAGAGCAGCAGGUGGGGCCGCUGGUCGGAGACCCACUGGUGCCCUCACCAGGGACAUCUGGUGGGCGUCAUGCUGCGGGUCCAGGUGCCCCAGCACAGGCUCCUGAUGUGCAGCAUCCAGACACGGCAGGAGCCUGCCCAGGGGCUGAAGAGGGAUGACAUAGCCCUGAAUGAUCUGCGUCUCUUCUGCUGCCCAUAA